CAUGGUUACUAGAGAAGAGAAAGUAGCAGUGAAAUGAUGGACAGAAAUAAUGAAACAAACACGUGUCGUCAAUGACUCUAAUUUCUGACUGUCAAAAAUCUUAUUAUGUUCAAAAUGGAAGACGUAAAGAAGAGAUUGGCUUUUGGUAACCCUGCUGUACAGACUCAGGCGGUGUGGAGACUCUAUACCGAAAUAACGAAGAAAGCAUCCACACUCGGACGAAUUGAUUCUAAAACACCAGAGUGUGUUGAGAUAAAACUUCUUUGGGAAUACUGUGGUGAUGAGGUGACUGUGAUCUCAAGGUCAGCCUGCCAGGUCUUGGUGCGUUUGGUAACCGACGGCAAUGCCGACUUCCUGUUCAUUCUCAAUGGGCUCCUGAACCAAGUUCCGUCGGCCAGGUCCCUGUUGGGAAUUGUAAGCGGAAUCCGUGAACUUCUUGUCCUACAAAUUGCACUUGUGGAAAAUCAAGAUCAACUGUACUCUUGUCCCUACCGUUUAAGGACACCUCCUCACCCCUUCAUCACCAUCUUGACGAACCGUCCGGAGGCAUGGCCUCUCCUACAGCACCAAGUAUACAGCCUCUGUUGUCAUGGAAACAAAAGUGUGCGACAGAACGCCAUGGAGAUGCUGGCCCCCUUUCUGAAAUUUGUACUGGUGGAACCGCAGCAAAGCAGCCAAUAUCAACCAAUGAAAACCAGUCUAGAGAGAGUCCUAAUGCAAGUCAUUGGCCAAUCACAGGACCAGGAAUCUGCCAGGGGAAUACUCCGUUUCCUUACGAACAUCCUGCCAUACUUUCAGAUUCGGGAAUCUCAAGACCUUGCCAAGACCACUCAGUUUGUGACCGAGAUCAUACUGCAGUGCCUGUCAUACUGCAGAGCUGACAAAUGUCAAAGAGAGUUACGGGCCCUAGCUGAGUUUGGUUUAUCCCUCCAUCACCAGGGGGUGCUGAAAGGUCAAGGGGUCACAUCCUUGAUGGAUGCCCUGAUGAAAGUAGCAUCAUCUUCUCCAGAGGUUAUGGCUUCUGACCAAAACUUAAUCACCGUGGCGACCACUCUUCUUUCGUGUUCCGUUGAUCAAGUGCUGUCACUGCUCAAGAUGUGCAAGCUGAUCCUUGAGACAGACAGUCGUGUCAUCAGUCCAGUCGGAGCGGGGAUGUUGGUCCUGCCCGUUCUCCAGAUCCUGGCCACACCCAAGUCUGAGUUGAUUGGUCGACAGCUCAGCGUCCUUCACAGUCUAGCAGGGGAGAUAAUUCUAAACAUCGAGAAGAAACGAAAGAUUCCUUAUGAAAUGGUAUCAGACCAAGAUAUAAAGAUUGGUUUGACCACAGCUAGUUACCAAGGUCAAAACUUUGCCAACUGGACAAAAGUCUUCUCUAUGCAGCAAGAGCAAGCAGUGUCCUGGAUGUCUGGUCUGAUGUCAUCGCUCAAAGUGACCAAUCACAUCCCUUUCUCCUUGACUAAUCUGGUGUCUGCAUUGUUGACCAUGUUCAGAAAUGAUCGUGAGGCCAGUCUGGCCCUCAAGACCUUGACUCUGAUAGCCAACAGGGACAACACUCAGGCUCCAUGGUUUUUGCCGCUAAUGCUGUACCAGCUAGGAAGUGAGAGCACUCCGUCUGUCAGAUUUGAUAUCCUGAUGACGAUACCCAAGCUUGCUACACAUAAGGUGUGUGUUGGGCCUAUCCUGAAAACUAUCCAGUCCUUUGGCACGUUUCCGGCGAUGAAGGGAACUUACCUGCAGAUGUUGACAGACUUAUGGAAGAUCCAGGACCGAUGCUUCCCACAACUGCUGAAGGAGAUCAUGGAAUCACCAAAAGGAUACUCCCUGGAAGUAUUGCUGGUCAAGGCAAAGGCCAUCCGGGAUGUAUGCAAAUUAAGACCAGAACAACACGGUACGGACAUGCUUGGUCCUCUAUCGGACAUUCUCACCCUCUGUCCUGGAGAGGAAGAGGCAGCUGUAUCGUCUCUGGCUCUGGAAGGACUUUACUUCCUAUGUGAAGCUGAGGUUAUUAACAUCCUGUCUGCCUGGUCCGUGCUUGCUGACAGUCUCGUCCGGGAUUCACGACCUGCGGUAGUUGAAAAGAUAUGUGAACUGUUUUCACUUGUACCAUCAUUGGAAGAACAGACUGCAGAUUAUGAGAAAUUCUGUGAAGAUGCUGUGAUGAAUUUGUGGCUGUAUACCAAUAGUGAUGACACAAAAGUGUGCGGGGCUGCAUUCCAGGCCCUGGCCAUGUAUAGGGCAGACCAGUUCAAGGUGUCCCAUCUCCCCAGACAUAUUACAGAGGAUUUGAGGCAGCAAGCCGAACACCUAUCAAAUGAGGAGGAGCGUGAAGUGUCUGUUGAUGAACUGUUCCCGCAAGUACCAGCCUUGUGCUACACCCGUCUUCUGAAGACUUUACCAAAAGAAGUCCUACCAGACUAUGAAGCAUUUUUGGCAGCCAUGUUGGCAAAGGAGGUCGCUGAUUUACCAAGAGGGAUAUACCACUCGUCGCUAUGGAGACAGAGUGCAGCAACCAAUCAGAGCAAAGCUAUUGGAUCUAUCCCAGCAUUCAUUACGGGUCACUAUUAUAAAACCAAACAGCCAGGAUUAAGACCCGGUUUGGCAGUGAGCACUCUCUUCUGUUACGACCCGCCACUAGAGGUCGGCAGGGAUGGUCGUCCACGGAAACACUACAUCAUCACACACGGCAAAAACUUCCAGCAGAUGUUCAAGACAUUGUUACAGGAGGUUCCAAUCCAGCCAUCAGAAUGGCACAGAAGUAUGGUGAUCCCGCAAGCCUGGACGUCGUUUGUAGACAGACUUUUUACGGCUAUGGUAGAGGGCCGCCGGGCAGAAAUUGAGCUCCAACUGAAACGAGACCAUGUGUCUGAAGAUGAAGCCAGACUGAAAAAGCAGGUGGCCUGGUUAUGGGUCCGCGACACCUUGGUGGAUGUGAUCAAGAUCAGCUCCAGAGGAAAUCCCACAAUGCAAAGCAACUCUAUAUACGCCCUAGCGGGAUUGGCUGUCACCGUGAAUCGCCAUGGCAAUGGGCUAGAUACUGAGGCUGCCAAAGCAGCUGAGGACAGCAGUGAAUUCAUGAGUCCCCCUCAUUGGCUUACGGUUGUCAUAGAUACGAUCAUAUCUCUGAUGGAUGUCACUUUCACUCCAAAAGGAAAGCUGAUUGGUCUCUGUCAACAGUUGUCGGUGGACAAUCGUUUGCCAGCAAGCCUACUUGCACAGGCAUCAGCUUCCGUCGCCCUGAGUCAAGUCGUACCAGCACUCAUCACGCUGGAUGUUGACAGAAUCUUCAUGAUCAUCAACUUCCUGCUUUCGUGGUUGCCAGGACAACCAGGUGUCCCAGAAUCCCCUGUUCUACAGUUCCAUGGUGGACUUGGAUUGGGGAUGUUCCUGUCACGACUUCUAGAGGAACACUUCGCCGACAUCAGUGGAACAAAGGGUAUGUUACAGAUUUGGAAGAGCUUUGAUAAAUUGGAAGAGUGUUGCCUUGCACCCAAUGUAAAAAACAGAUCGGGAGCUAUCCUCGGCCUGGGUAUGGCUGUCUGUGCAAUGUGUGAGGAAGGAAAGACAGAAAGUCGAGCUCACGUUGUGUCUAUCUACGACAAACUGCUGACCUUGUGUGAUGAGCUUGACCCCCUUGACAACAUAUUCCAGGCGGUCAGUGUGUGCGUGGCCUGUAUUGCGGGAGCGGCAUUUAGUUCUAACAUUCUCCUGGUUACCAGAGUGGACACAGCAGUGGACAAGCUGAUGACCACUCACUCAAACCAUCCACAGGUAACUGGAGUAUCUCUGGCCCUGGGCAUGCUCUGUUACAGUCUCAGUAGGGCCGGUCACCCCGGGAUAGGGGAUGUGAGGGUCAGGCUGUUUGGUACCUGGAUGAAAGCUGUCUCAUCUGAGGGGACCGCACCCAUGGAGAAGGUAGCCAUAUUGAACGGACUGAUGGCUUUGAUUGGCUCAGAGAGGACACUUAUACCGGUCCAGAGUGGCUCGGUCAGCAGCAGUGACCUCAACGCUGAUGAUGUCAUCAAGGUCGCAUCUCAGAUUGUCACCAGUGGAAACGACCUUGGCAUUCAGAACAAUGCGGCGUGGAUGCUGGGUCAUUUGUAUCUGUCAGCAUGUGCUGUAGCAGACACAAGAGCUAGUGUACCCUCUACCUACGGUUACCUGCCUGAGAAAAGUUUCCUAAGAGCUAUCGUAGACUUUGUGUCUGAGGCUGGUAAAGCAGGAGCAGAAACUGUGCCGAAAGAACAAGUAGAGGUGGCCUUGACCUCGCUACAAGAGGAAGUGGAACAGGCACUGCCCCCUGUCAACUGGGCAGGGGUGUUAACUCCUAUGAUGAGGAUGGGUUUUGGUGAUAAGGUUAGACGUCUGAGUGUAAAGUUGGCGGUAAAACAGAGUGGAUCAGCCCCCACAGCGGCCAUGUUCCUCACGACCUGGAUGACCUUGCCUUUGCUCAGCACACUAGACGAGGGAUGUCAGAUUGUCCUCUAUGACGCCUUACCAAAACUGAUUUGCUCGAUCGCACCAACAGCCAUCGGCUCGCUCCUGGGAGUAGGAUCAAGUGAGCCAUACAUUGGCCAGGACGGGGACACAAGUCCAGCUCUAGUCCACGUCCUAGCAGGACUGACCAACGCUCUAAAGGUCAACGACCCACCAGAGGCAGUGACUGCUGUCCUCUACAAGGCUGUGGCAACGUUCUACUCCAAACUUUCAUCAUGUACACAGGUGCCAGUACUGUGUCUGGUAGCCGAUUGCCUUGGUAACCUGCCCGACGAUCUGUUUGACAAGAUAACUGGCGAGGAUUUCCUUUACGACGCGAGUCAUUCCAAAGGCUGUUUGGUUCGCUGUUACCUGGUGGUUCAAGGGAAGCAACCCAUCACCAUUCUCAACAGCUGUAUUGAUGCUACCUUCAAUAACAAGAGAUGCAACCAUUCUUUGAUAUCUACAUACCUACAGCACUGCUUCUAUCAGGUGACCCAGAGUAGGUCAGAGUUCACAGGGGUCAUUCCAAAGUUACAUUGGCUGGUAGAACUCUUGGGACAUGUCCGUAACAUAGCGACAGGGGCCACAACUCUGUCAGACGAUAUUACAGACAAAACACAGGUGAUGGAUUUGGCUGUUGAUAUAAUUGCUGCAGUCCUGUGUUUGUGGAUGUCCACUUCCUCCGCGUGUGUUUUAAGUGUCACUACACAAUUACUGACUUGUCCAGAUAUAUCGUCCUCCAACACACAAGAUCCUAAGUUACCAUGGAAACCAAGUGUGUCUCCAAGGCAGGUGUUACCUGCCUACAUCACUGGCAUCCAAUCAGAGCCCUGGGAUCAGGUUCUUCCGAAGGUUGUGGACUGUUGGACCACACUGUUGUCAAGACCUGAUGACAUCAUCAGUAGGAAGACCAAAUCAUCACUACAAGAUUCCCUGCAGAUUUUGAGACAUUCUACCACCUUCAGGAAGCCCACCGUCUGGACCGAGAUUUAUGAUACUGUGCAAGUGAAAUAACAGAAUCUAACAAUUUGUGUUGAAAGACAUUUUUUAGCUGCCAAUUAUUGAUAGGUAUCCAUGACAUAAGCUUUCUAAAUGAAAUAUGUGAAGUGAAACAAAUAAAUGCUGAAGAGACAUGUGCCUUGUUUACUCUU